UGACAGAUUAGCCAAGUGCGGAAUGACUGUGACAAGUAAAUCCAUGCACAGCAAGUUAGAAACCUGGAUAUCAAAUUUAGAUGCAGAGGUCAUAGCACUGAAGAAGUCUUGGGAGGAGGGCCAAGAAAAUACAACAAAAUACCAGUUAAUUGGUGACAAUUGGGAUAAAAAAAUACUGCCAUCCUACAGGACCUCCCAGAACCAGACACAAUCCAUACAUUUGUUUAAUGCAUUGAUUGCUGUAGAGAGAGUGCAAAUACCUGUGGUAACUCCAGAAAGAGACCUAGAAUAUGCAGACAUCUCUUUUGAAAAAUUCGUGCCAUCACUUGAAGAACAAGAAAAGUUGAAUGAAGAAUUGGUUUUUAUUACUGCAACAUCUGUGAUCAGGAAUAUUCCCCACCUUUCAAAACUUUUGGACAAAAUAUAUCCCAAACAUCUGCCACACAAGUAUAGUGAUCAAGCAGGAAUUAAAACAGUACAAUAUCCGUUAGGGCUGUAUGACUGUAAUGAAACCAAAACAGCGGAUGUCAUCAAGCUCUUAAAAGAAUUACAGCAGAAGUAUGUUCCUCACAGAGAUGGAGAGAUUUGUGAGCCUGUUCUUUUUGGUGGUGACCGGCUUACUGAUGAGCGCAUUCAGUGUGCACAGGAAGCCAUGCUUAAUGGUAACACGUCUGAUGAUAGAUUAGAAGGUUUCAUAUCCAAAAUCGAGGAUUUCCACAGAUUAAUGAAUUUUUUAGAAGAAAUAGCAAAACUUACAUACAAUACCGGAUCUGCAGGAGACAGAGGAACAGUUUAUUACUUCAGAAAUUUAUUGAACCACAGAAGUGUUAAAGGGGAUGUGAAAAAUACCUACCGUUCAUACAAAUAUUUAUAUUACACCAUCUUAGAUGCCAUUUGCUGUUAUUUAUUUCUGAAAGAAAUGGAUCUUGAGAAUUUAUCAGAUUCCAUUCCGCUGCCUCAACAAUUUUACCAGUAUACAGAUGCAGACAAAAUCUCAUGGAUAAAUGACAUAUGUGAAAGGAUCAUUGAAAAAUACUUUUUUGAGGGUUCUCCUGAUAUUAUGUCCAUGUUAAGAGAUUGUGUGACCGACAAAAAUCAUCCGGACAAUUAUUGGGUGUCAAAUUUCAAUGAAGGUAGAGUGAAAUGUCAUCAUUGUGAAAAAACUUAUGCGUAUGUUGGCAGUCUGAAAGCACACGAAGAAAAAAUGCAUGGUGUUACUGUGUCAAAGAAACAAAAGAAAGAAAAAAAGAAAAGUAAAGAUGAACUAAAUGGAUACAUGUUGCUACUUUUUAAACUUUCACUGUUACACAAGAAUUUGGAUGAUGCUGUUGACAUGGGAGAUGAGAUGGUGUAA